UAGAGUGACACAGUUAUAAGACAGAGAUAAACUCCUGGCAAGCAAGUAGGUUCUGUCACGGUGUAAAUAUUUGUCAACGCACGUGGUCUGUACAGUCCAAGGCACCCGCAUAGGUGUAAAGCGCUGUAGGUGUCAGUGUAGCAUUUCCAUCCUGGACCGGCAUGUGGACUCAACCAAGUCAAUCAAGGUUAAUCAAACCUCCGAUCGUACAAGGAUUCAAAGAGCUGUUAUUUGUGUGCAGUGCAGUGCAUUUGUUAUCAGAACUGGCAAAGCAAAGAGUAAAGUCCGUGUGUUCUAAGUGUGCAACUUGAGGUGCUUUAAACCCAUGUGACAUGCGUGUUUUGUGUAUGUAACUGUGAGAAAAAGAGGAAAAGAGAGUGUCAAUGUGAGUGAUGUGCAUGAUUGUAAUAUGUUAUGUUGUGCAGUGUUGCAGUCACUGUUGUGUUUCAACACACUGCAGUUCUCAUAACUGCCGUGCACAGCCACCUCCCCCCCACCUUCCUCUUUCCCGUCUGAUUCACUGAUAGUGCAGACAUGGGGCCUCUCACGUAUUACAUGCCGGCUGUUCACUGCCACCACCACCUCCCCCUCCAACCCCACAUCAUCUCUCACCAAUACCACCGCCACCCUCUGGGACCCCCAACAGACACGCGGCGCAGAAGGUGGAUUCAAAAGACCAGAGCAUACUGCCUGUCCAGUAAUUAGCCACUUCAAAGGCACAUUUUAAUAAUAUUCAAAUGAUGGGGAAGCUGGACGUCAGGCUCACUUCUCCUGUCAUACAAUGAUGGAUCUACAAACAGAAGCCAUUUUUUCUUCUUUUUUGAGUCUCCUCUGAAUCAAGAACUAGUUCACAUUUAUGUUGGAGUGUGAGACCGUCAGCUAGCCUGAGACUGUCCACGAAGUCACUUUAGUGGAUGGCCCCAGAAGUGGAGGCCAGAUGGAAAUUGGGUCACAUGACCGCCUCCAGGAAGGCGCACUGAGCCUGGAACUGGCCAAUGGGGUGAAUUGCUACCCUAAUGAUGAUACAACAUCUAUGGAAAAAGAGCAGCAGAGGGCAGGAAGCGUGCCGCCAAGGCAGUGCUGGGUGUCAGGACAUGGCAAGGUCAGUGACACCCAACAACAGCAACCAUGUUGGAACAGCAGCAGCGGUACCCCUGGUGAACCUGUCCACCACGCAGAUAUGGAAGAUGCCCACAAUCUGGUGGCUUUUUCUGCUAUUGCUGGCUCCUUGCCUCGUUCUUCCUCCUCUUCCUGCCUCGUGCAGCCUAACACAGCCCAGCUGUAUGAGAAGUUCACCAAGGAGAUGGGCACUGAGGGGGCUCAGGCCAAGCUCUCUGCAGGAGCUCCUGAGGGAAGCUGCCAAACUCCAGAAGACCUGAACACUCUACAGACAGCACUGAGCCAAGCCAAACAUGGACACAAGCCCCCUAACUGCAACUGUGAUGGGCCUGACUGUCCAGACUAUCUUGAAUGGCUGGAGAAGAAGAUUAAGUUGGCAUCCAAUGAGGAUCAAGGUGCCUGCAAGAUGACUGAUGUUCCCCCACACUUACAGCCUCACCUACAGCAACCCCAUUUGCAGCAUCACCCUCAGCCCUACCCCCAGAUGAAUGGUGGCCAGCAUCUGUCUGCUUCAUACCCCCAGCAGCAACAGGGAACUCAGGGCCCUCGCCUAGACCAAGUGCCCUGCUCCAAACCCCCAAUUCCCUGCUCUCCCCAGGUGCUCUUCAUAGCCAAGGAAAAGAACGUCAGUCUUCAGACAGCCAUUGCCAUAGAAGCCCUUACACAGUUAUCUGGUACUGGUCCACUAGCUGCCGGUUCUCCAGGUCAAACUCCCUACAACAGUAACCUCCAUCACCACCAACAUACCCAGAAUUUCCCAUCUCAGCCCCCCAAUGGCACUAGCUUGAUCCCUUCCUCUCCCAGCAAUCACUCAUCUUCCUCACGCUCUCAAUCCGUCCCUCCGGGACUGCACACCAUUCAGCAGGCCCAAGUGUCCUGUGAGCACCAUAGGCCCCAAUCCCAGGGCCAGCCACCCCAUGCAUCCUCUACCUCUCCCUUCCCAGGUCAGGGAAAACAUCCAGGCUUCAGCCCUAAUCCCCAGCAGUGGCAGCAGGGCUCAGGCAGAGGCUCCGAACAGAGGAACCCAUGGAUGUGUAUAAAGUCUGAGCCCCAGUCUCACUACGCUGCUGCACCUCACAGUAGCUCAGACCCCAUGUCAGAGCUCAAACAGCUGCUUGGUGACACCAGUGGUAAGUUCAGCAAUGCCCAUUUCAAGCUUCCCGUCACACAGCAGGUAAGCUUGAACCAGAACGGAGGUAUCCAGGGCCAGGACAACCCUGCAUUGGUCAGAAUAAAGCAAGAACCAGACGCUAGUGAGCACCUCCAUCACACUGCCUCCAUGGGACAUUACGGCAUGGCUAAUGGUCAGCAGCAUGGUCAGCACUACCCGGGCACUCCCCUGUCUCCUGGCCAAGCCGCUAUUAGCCACUCCACUCAGGCAGCUCUGCAACAGCACCUUCACUACAAGAGGAACCUUUUCUCUAACCACUCCCCUGGCUUUGGAGCACCAGGCCCUCAUGCACCUCUAAAAAAAUGGUGGCCACAGAUGGAGGCAGAAGGUUUUCCACAUCUGGCGAUCAAACAGGAACCCAAGGAACCCAAAAAGAGAAAAAGCAGCCAAGGAUCUCCUGUCAUAAAAGCUAUGGGUGGGAUGCUUGGAGUCCCUCCCCUGCCCAAACCCAAACAGAUAAUCAUCAAGAAGACCAAGCAGAAAGCCUCCAUGCCAACCUUCCUGCCUCAGAAUCAGAUCACCGUACAAAAACCAUCAGUCCUCAUGAUGGACAGAGCCCUGGCCCUGACCAGCCUGCAACCAGGUUCUCUCCCCUCUCUGCCCCUCCACAGUAACUCCACUCAGGCUGCUGCUGCAGGCCUCCCUGCCCCAGUCCAAUCUCAGGUAUCCAUUUCCAACUACUCAAUUACUCCCUCUUCCACUGUUUCUGCUUUGUCAGAAAACACUCCAGCCCUCAUGGGCCCUCUGCCCCCACCAGUGGCCCCUGUAGCCAAUGCUAAGUCAGAGGGAGUUGGCAGCCUUGCCUCCAGUAACACCAGCACCACCACACCUAUGACCUCCACAUCUCCAUCCAGCACCUCACAAUUACAGAGUGUCAUCAACAUAGACCCGAAGUAUGAAGAACUUAUCCGUCAGUUUGAGGCUGAAUUUGGGGAUUCAGCCCCAGAUGCACCUGCCAGUCAGCCCAUGGAGGAGACUGCUACAGCCCCUGAGCCGAGGAAUCAGUCCCAGACCGGUCCUCAGGACCUCAGUCCUACAUCAUCUUCCACCUCCCAGUCGGCUUCCUUAAUUGUCUCCACUCAAGCCAGCUCCAUACCUCAUCCAGAUGAUCAGGAGAUGGUAGUCAGCAAGGAUAAGUUAGGGCCCCAAAGUGAAGCAUCCUUGAACCAGGCAUCCACAGAAGUCCCUAUGGGGGAUGUCGCUCUGCAUCAUCAGGCCAUUCUGGACAAGCAGCAGCAGCCCAGUGUGUUAGAGGAUACGUUCAGCGUGCCGUGUUCUCCGCUGCCCAAACGCAUGAAGAUCGAAGCCUCGGGUGAUAUAGCAGUACUUUCCACUACAUGCUAUUCGGAAGAGGACACGCCCACUAAGGACAGUCUGCCUUCUUCGCCAUCUCUCAGAGGCUUCCUAGAGUCUCCUCUGCGCUACCUGGACACCCCUACCAAGACCAUACUGAGUACUCCUUCCAAGGAUCUACAGUCAGAGUUCCCCACCUGCACCUGUGUGGAGCAAAUUGUGGAGAAAGAUGAAGGGCCCUACUACAAUCACCUGGGAUCUGGACCUACUGUAGCCUCUAUACGAACCCUGAUGGAGACGAGGUAUGGAGAGAAGGGGGAUGCCAUCCGGGUUGAGAAGGUGGUGUACACAGGCAGAGAGGGAAAAAGCUCUCAAGGAUGUCCUAUUGCUAAGUGGGUGAUCCGUCGUAGCGGCGAGACAGAGAAGCUGCUGUGUCUGGUGCGUCAGCGUGCAGGCCACCACUGUGCCAACGCUGUCAUCAUCAUCCUCAUUAUGGCCUGGGAAGGUGUCCCAAGGGCCCUGGCUGACAAGCUGUACAGCGAUCUCAGUGUCACCCUCACCAAAUAUGGCAACCCCACCAGCCGACGCUGUGGCCUCAAUGAUGAUCGUACCUGUGCAUGUCAAGGCAAGGACAGUGAAACUUGUGGUGCUUCCUUCUCCUUUGGCUGCUCCUGGAGUAUGUACUUUAAUGGCUGUAAGUACGCCCGAAGCAAAAUACCGCGCAAGUUCAGGCUACAAGGAGAUCGCCCUGAAGAGGAGGACAAACUCAGGGAUAACUUCCAGCAUCUGGCAACUGAGGUGGCUCCUUUGUACAAGCAGCUGGCCCCACAGGCCUUCAGUAACCAGUGCCAGACAGAGUCGAAGGCUCCAGACUGCAGGCUGGGCUUGAAGGAAGGCCGCCCGUUCUCUGGAGUCACUGCUUGCAUGGACUUCUGUGCCCACGCUCACAAGGACCAGCACAACCUCUACAAUGGUUGCACAGUGGUGUGUACUUUAACUAAGGAGGACAACCGUUCGUUGAAGGAGAUCCCUGAGGAUGAGCAGCUCCAUGUGUUGCCUCUUUACAGGAUCUCCCAGACUGAUGAGUUUGGCAGUGAAGAGGGCCAGCGUCUCAAGAUGCAGACGGGAGCCAUCCAUGUGCUUCAGGCUUUCCGCCGUGAGGUACGCAAGUUGCCCGAACCUGCCAAGUCCUGCCGACAGCGCCGACUGGAGGCCAAAAAGGCCAACUCGGAGAAGAAGAAAAACAAGCUCAUGCAGCAGGCAGGGGUGACACCAGAGAAAACAGUGGUCAAGGCUGAGGUCUGCAUCACCGGUUCCCCUCAACUCCAAGGCAAUAAAGCAAUUAUAAAACAGGAAGUGAAGCCUAACAUCAAGGAGCCCUUCAACGGAUCAAUAGAUAGAUACCCUGUGCAGGUAACAGACCCGUUCAACAACAUCUAUUCACACCCUGCCUACUAUGCAAGGGGAGGCCUCCCCCCAACUGGCCAGCCCUCUGCACCAGACGCAGUAAACGGUUACCACCACAAUCUGCCCGCAAUGCACUAUGGCUACUACAACUAUCCACCCAAUGCACUUUUCCCCCCUAAGCUGAGGACCUACGAGGGUCGAAAUGGCUCUUUGCCCAAAGCAGGCAGCAAGGCUGUCCAGGUUGACACCAAGCCUGAUAUUCAGAGCCUUCAGGCCAGACUGGCCCAGUCCUACCCCAGCCACCCAGAGCAAGCCAACCAAGCCCACCACAGCGCUUAUACCCAGCCUGCAGAUUACAACCAGUCCCGUCCUUCCUCUGUCUGCUCUGAAUCCUCCAACAGAGGCACUCCAGUCAUCAAACAGGAGCCUAUGGAUGUGCCAGUCUAUGAAGGCACAAUGCAGAGCCAGGCUGGUGUCAACACACCUAGCACCACCCCCAAGCCUGCAGCCUGGCCUGGGCACAAGCUUAAUGGAAGUAUCGUAACUAAACUAAGUCCUGAAGCCUCAUUGUUGAACCCGGACAAGCAGCAGUUUCACCAGCAUCCCCAGCAGCGACAGCCCUCUCCUUACCCCCAGCAGUGGACAUACCCUGGCUCAAAUGCCCUGAUGGUUUCCCCUGCCCCAUCGCCGUCACUCAAGGUACCUCCGUCUCCAUCUCCGCCCCCUCACCUAGUCACAGCGUUCCCAGGUAACGUACACCAAGUGUCCACACGCCCUGCCACCCCACACCCAAGCACCCCUCGCCCAGGUACACCACAGCCUGGCAGCUCUCACUCAGGCUUAGUUACACCACAGCCAAGCACCCCAGGCCCAGGAACCCCCAGGCACUGGGCCAGCCCUGGUCCUAGUCCUCAGCCGAAUGCUUGGGCCAUGGGGCCUAUGGCACAUAGCCCUGGUUUGAAGCACAGCAAUCCUGCAGGAGCCUAUCCUGACAAGAUCUGGUCCAAGACUGGGGAAAGUCGGUGUUCAACUCCCCUUGGGCUCCAAGAGAAGGCCUGGAAGUCUUGUGGAGGUUCAUUGGCAGGCAGUACCCCGUCCCCUGCCCCUGAGGGUCGCCUCUUCCCUGAUUCCCUGCAGCAGUCAGAUCAGGCCUGCUGGAAUCCUGGCCGGGCUGAGAGUGAUGUUGAGAGCACCCAGGGUCGUGAGGAGGAUGAGGAUGAGGUGUGGUCUGACAGUGAGCACAACUUCUUGGAUCCCAACAUUGGUGGCGUAGCGGUAGCACCCGCUCAUGGCUCGAUCCUGAUUGAAUGUGCCCGUCGGGAACUACAUGCUACCACUCCUCUCAAAAAGCCUGAUCGCUCUCACCCUACCCGCAUCUCCCUGGUCUUCUACCAGCACAAGAACCUCAACCAGCCCAUGCACGGCCUGGCUAUAUGGGAGGCCAAAAUGAAGCUGCUGGCAGAGCGAGCGCUGCAGAGGCAGCAGGAAGCAGCUCUCCUUGGCCUCUCCCAGGAUGACAUCAAGGCCCUUGGGAAGAAACGCAAGUGGGGGGCUACGGUGGCAGGUGCCAGUCCUGGACCUGGACAAUGUAUAGACAAGAGGGAGGGGCCAGUGACACGGUUAGCCCCCACGUUCCACACUUCCUCUAUGGUUACUGUGUCUCCCUAUGCCUUCACCCGCCUCACUGGGCCCUACAGCCACUUUGUCUGAGGUCAGACAAACACAAACAGACUGAUAGCUACAGAGUGGUGCAGUGGAGGGCUGGAGAGAGCGAUGAGCAGGAUGAAUGUCUCUCAGCCGUCCCGCAGUCUGGCAUCUCUCCAUCCUGCCCCCUCCGCAGUCCACUUGGAGGAGGAGGGGACAUUUUUAUUGUUUUUUACCUCAUGUCAGGCAGUGGUUUGGGCUUCAGACACACUGCCUGUGGUGCUCUUCCUCUCUCUUCCCUGGAGAGGAACUCCAUUGCUUUUUCUUGUUCAUAGAAUUUUAAUGAUUCUAAUUAUUGCUAUUAUUAUCAAUAUUAUUAUGAUUGCUAUUGUUACUGUCAAUGUUGUUAUUACAGGUAUUAUGAUAAUGAAGACUUGUUUGUUUUUUAUUAUUGCUGUUUUCAUUAAUGUUAUUAAUGAUGUGAUUGUUUUUGGUUAUAUAUUUUUUUAAAUCAAUCAGUCUGAGUCAGUCAGACUCAGACAAUUGCUUUUUCCAUGUUUGGAAAACGUGUACCCCUUUUUCUGUUUUUGAUUUUCUUUGUUCUUGUCAAUCUUCCAGCUGUACUUGGAGGAGGAGCCAUUAUCUGCCUGGCAAGACAGCAAAUCAAUGUUACAGUACUCAUAUGUACGUAUAUAUAUAAAACAAAAAGCCUUUCUGGUAGGCUUGCCUUAGAUAUCUAUCUCUAUUUUGACAUAUACAGAUAUGUAUCUUUGAUUUUAAGGCAGUUUAGCCCUCCAUAAAAGAUCAUUACAAUUAUUAUUAACCUGGGCUCUAUUUCCUAGUUUUGUGUUCAAAUGUACGUUGCUUAGGCAGCAGCACUGCUGUCUAAUGCCUCAUUUCCACUGCAUGGUUUGGCUCGACUUGAGUCAACUACAUUUUUUUUUGGUACCAGGUGCUAUUUUGCUUUUCACUGCGGCUAGUACCCUGUUAGUGUAGGCCGGAUUCUCAGCUGGACGCUAUAACGACAUUGCGUGAAACUGCUGUGACAUCAUCUUCAAGCGAUACUCGCGGGAUCUUUUCAUCUGCAACAUUCCUGCACUUUGUCAACUGUACGGUGUAGUGUACAGCGUAGUAUAUGUCGUAGUUUUUGCGGGCUGCCAUUUUUUAAAAUCUGGGGCGAGUGAAUAACAAAAUUGCAGUCACAGUAACUUGGCUAUUUUAAAAUGGCAGGUUUAUGCAGGAUGUCCCCUGUCACACUAGUGACGAUUCUCUCUGAUCAAUCAGCGGUCUGCAGUGUUUAAACUCGCUUUGAACCUCGGCCAAGGUGGUACCAGGUACUAUCCACAACUUUUGUUAAUGGAAACCCCAUAAAAGAGUAGAGCCGUGCCGUACCAUGCAGUGGAAAUGUGGCACAAAACACAAAGGACAGUAACACUGUACUGGAACCUGCCAAAAUCCUUUUUUUUAAUUUUCUAUUGCCUGGAUCUUAGUAUUUGCGUCAUUUCGGUUUUAGUUGGGAAAAUCUGUGCAAUUCAGUCUCCCAGCAUUAUGUACAAAUACAAUAUAUUGUAUUAUUAUCUACACAACUGGUGAGGACAGAAGAAAGAAGGAAGGAAAGACAGGGCUCCACUAAAGUCAGCUGUCAAAGCACUAAGCAGUGUAUAUCAGAAUCUCAUCAUGUAUUUGCACUGAUACAAACAAUUAUACUGUACCUUUUUGAUGUGACCACUGUAAGAAGCAGAACACAUAAAAGGACUCUUUCAAUUGGAGGCUGGUUCUUUGAUAUUACAUGAAAACAGCUGAAGAGCAGUGCUUGGUUUUAACAGUUUGUUUUAUGACUGUGCAGAGCCCCUAGAAGGCUAACACUGAAUUUUAAAGUUAUCAACAAAACCGAGCAUCAUGAUGCAAAACGUAGGAAAAUAAUGCCCAGAUUAAAAAUAGUUGCAAUUGCCAUUUAAAUCACAUUUGGAGAAAACAUUGCUGCUUCUCUUGUCGUUAGAUGGCGUGCUCCUCCUCUUCUGCACCCCUCCAGCUUUUGACUGGUGCUCAAUUUCCAGCUCUGAUAGAUUUCCAUUCCACUACUCUUCAUGGCACUUGAUGCUGUACUUAGGUGCUCUAACUCUAAUCUGGCUCAACUAGUAUUCGCAAGUGAAUUUGUUUUGCCCGAGGUGGAGUAGCAGAAUGAUGAUUUAUUGCUUCAAGACAUCGGUGGAGGAAAUGCUUACGAACGCUUUCCUUUGCUUGUCAUGUGUUCCUGUAACUGUCCAUAUCUGGUACUUCACAGCGGCUAAAAUAAGUGAUACUAUUUGCAAAUGCCAUUUGACCCAGAUCUGCCACAGGUGGCAUACUUUAUCUUACUAUAACGUUCAAGUAGAGGUGAGCACCUCUGAGUUUAAACUCUAGAGGGCAGCAGUGACUGCCGUUUCAAAGUGGGUAGUACAAACAAACCUGCAAGCACUUGAGAUCCAUUCAGAAGCCAGUAGAGCCUUGCCUUGCUACUUUAACCAUCCAUGGCCAGUAGAGGAGGAUCUCACAGCCUGUUUGCUGACCAUGGAUGGGACUCACCAAAGCAGCUCAAGGGAAAGUUGAUCUUUGUCCCCUUGUGGCACAAAUGUGAAUGAAGUCUGGAGAAGCUUUUGGGAAGCCCAAUCCUGGGUUUAAGCAGAAGGAAACAGUGUUGGGACAGCAGUGCUUUUGGUGCUCCUACACACACACUCUGGUGCUCUCCUAUUAUUACACUUGAUUUACUGUGAAAGGCCCACUCCUUCCUCUGCAUGGUGCUGUCAUCUUCGAGCAGAGGGAGGCGCUUCCUUCUGCAGGCACCUUGUCACCACCCUGUAGUUGCAGCUCUGUCAUUGGGCUCGACAACUGGUUCAUUUUGAGGUGCUUUUUGCAGUUUAUUGGUGCAAAGUGGUUUGGUCUCAAACUAAGUACACUGUACAGGGCAGAGAAAGCACAGUCAUUCAGUGCAUUGUUCGUAACCCAUUCACAGAGCAAACAAUAGUACUAAGAGCUAAAGGGAGACCUUGGAAAAUGACUGUAGCUUCUGGGAGUUGGCGCCAAAUUCAAGUGCAUUGAAUCAAUGAAUCUCUCACUUUGCAUGCAUUGUGUCUUAAAAUGACUCAAACGCAUGGGAAAAGCCAAAGAGAGAGACUAUUUGAGAGCCUGGAUAGCCUUUUUUGUUUUCAGGCAUCAACCAUGUUACUAUUUGAUUAAUUGAAUUCAAGCAGUGACAUGGUUUACUUGCAACAUGUGUCGAAAAUGAAAAUGAGCGGCUAAUAGAAUUGGAUACAGGCUGACUCCUGGCUGCUGGGGGGUUGUUUGAGUCAAGGCCCUGGUCAUCUGUGAAAGACCCUGUUACCUCUCCCGAGGGUCUCCAGCUCUCUACCUCACGCUGUAGAGACACUGGUCACAAUCACAACUUGCUACUGAGGGCAGAGAAUCAUGCAUAUGUCCCUUUGUGUGUUCUAGAUCUCCACACUCAUUUUAACCUCCUUUUUUACUCUUAUUUAUUACUACAUGGUGAUGAUGAUGAUGAUUGUCUUUGAUGUUAUUGUUUUUUUUUCAUCUUUUUUUAUAUAGCUAAUACAAAUUGUACAUAGAGAAGAAAAGAUUUAUAAAAGCACUUUUAAUCUUGAUUUUAAUGACAAAAAGAAAGAGCCGAUUAUUGACAACUUGAAGCUUAGUUUUGUUUUUUUGUUUUUCUCAAGAGAGAGAUAAAAAUGUAAAUAUUAAAAUAUUUAGGUAAGAUUAUUUAACUGGUGAGGAUAGUACCUGAACCAUGAAUGACAAGGGGGUAUUUUGAGGUCUCUGACAGCCCUCCACAACAGUAAACAACACUUGGUCCCAAUGUGUUGUGUGUAAAUGUGUGCUUAGUAACACUGUGGUUCUGCUUUCGUAAGUACUGUACCCCUUGUCAGCAUGUAACUGACAGAGACUUGUCACAAAUUCAUUAGCCCAAUUAUGUAACAUGAAACCCCACUUGACUUACUCACUGACGACAGUCAAUAUAACUGGAGGAUCCCCAAUCAAAUUUCAAUUUAAGCUUAAAAAACUCAACGACAGUGAUCUACUGGCAGUAAGCUAAGGACAAAUCUAGAAAGGUAGCCGUAAACCUGAUAUGUGUUGUUUGUUGUUUAAAGAAAUAGUUUGAAAUUUUUGGGAAAUAUGCUUAUUCACUUCCUUUGCCGAGAGUUCAGUGAAGACGAUUGAUACUACAAGUAUUUGGAGCCAGCAGCCGGUUAGCUUAGCACCAAGAUGGGAAACAGGGGAAACAGCUAGCCUGGCUCGGUGAACAGGUAACAAAAUCCACCUACCAGCACGCAUGAUAUCUUGUUUGUUUAAUCCGUUGAAAAAAACCAAGUCUAAACAAGUUUAUGUUGUGGUUUAUGGUGGUUACGUGCCAGACUUUUUUCCAGGUAACUAGGCAACCAGCAGAGACUUCAGGAAGUCACUGCUCCCAGCCAAGACAUUGUCUGGCACAUAAACUCCUGUGAGAUUGACAGUUUUUGUAUGGAUGAAGCAAUAGAGCUUUAGAAGUGCUGGUAGGCAGAUUUAGUUACCUCAGCUAGGUGUUUUCCCCUGUUUCCAGUCUUUAUGCUAAGCUAACUGAUGGCUGCUGGCUGUAGCUUUUAUAUUUAGCGUACAGAAAUGAGAGUGGUAUUGAUCUUCUCAUCAAAGUCUAAUAUUUCCCAAAAUGUUGAACUUCUUCCCUUAAUAUCAGUAGAGUUGCCCUAUAAAUGUACCACCCAUCAUGUGCAGGGACGCAUCCAAAGGUGGGGGGGGGGAAUCAGAGAGAGAUGUUUUAGCGAGUAAUAGCCCAGCAAUCUUUGUCAGUUGUGUUAGACUAUCAGGUAAGAGACCGCCUCCCUGCUUGUUUAGAUGUAUCUAUCAUUAUCUAUUCUAGUUCUCAUUAUAUUAAGUAUGAAAUUGGCAUAAAAAUCAUGAUGCCCCUGUGGAAGAUUAGAUACCAUGCUAGUUUGUAAUAAUUCAUCAUAUGAUACACACAUCAUGGCCAACAGUAGUUUGACUGGUGCAGGGCUGGGACUGGAAUGACAGCCCAUUUUACUCUUUAACCAUAACAUUACACACACACACACACACACACACACAUUUGCCUAACAAUGGGUGCUGAGGAUACAGUGUACAUGAUAUCUUAAUGACUGUAAAUUUCUAAAUGUCUCGCAAGUUUGGUGGAUGGUUGUCAUGAGACGCCUCCUCCCAAACACAAACCGAGAUGAGGGGGUCAGUCAGCUGGUGCUAUGAUGCUGCACCUUAAAAUUCACUGUGUAAAAAAGUGCGAGGGAUAAAUGAAUACCACAAAUAUUUUUCUGAGCUCUUCGAAUGUCAAGAGAAGUAUACUUUUGAUUCAAGCAGUUUCACGGGAUGGGAAGCUGCCCAGGUGCUGACUUUAUGAAAAGUCUUUUGUUACGAUGCUACAAAUUUACAUCUCUUUUUGAGGGCAGGGGUGGCACUCAAACAGUUGAUCACAUUCUCUAUUAAUAUUCAUUCCAUAUUGUACUUGAACUCAUUAAAACUAGGAUGAGAAAUAGAAUCAUAUAUGAGGACUGUUUUUUGGGUUUCACAUUUGGUACAGCAAGUACCAAAGGCUAUUGAAAUGAUUUUUGGAGUAUGUUGUACAUGUUCAUGUUAACUGAAUGCUAAGAUAUUUGAACAAUAUAAGAAGAGUAAUUGUGUACUGCCUCCCUUCCUCUCCCUGGUCAUGCACUUCUUUUACUCCACCCCUCUCUUAUUCUUAACAUACACCUUGUAUAUUCUGUCUUUCUCACACACACACACACACAUACAGAUAUAGAUAUGCAUCUCACUGUGUGUGGCCCACUUUUAGAAGUCGAUUGAACACCUAAUUUAAUGAACACUCUCCAAAUUUGAGAUACAGACUUGGACCCUGGCCCAUACAAAAAAAGAAAAAUGAACCUACACAACUGGCAGCUACAUUUGAGUUUUAGGAUUGCUCUUGGUUCUUUAUUUUCAUGUCAAGGAUGCAGUAUGUAAAAAAAAAA